AUUAUGUCGUCUGCUAUCAUUCCUUGAUUCUAUAACCUCAAUAACCUCUUUCUCAAUUCUCAAUUAGAAUGAAGACAUCUUUAUAGUCAUAGUUCAGGAAUAUUUGCUAACCUUUGGUCCUGGUUUGCUAAGACGCAUAUUUAGUUCAUUAUCAAGGUAAUAACUAAAUGAAGAUGCCCUGCCCGUUCCUGAGCCGUUUACCAUCGGCUUAUGUCCGCAACUACGGGCUGAACCUACUGAAGAACCUGGGCAGCCACUGCCCCGUGGUGUCGCGUCUAGCAGCCAGCAUCAGUUCUAGUGAUCAAGCCGCACAAUUGGAGGGUUUGGCUACGAGAUGUCCCUUCCUGGCUGAGGUCACUACUCCUGUGGUCAAGGAGGCGAGCCAGGAACAGCAAGCAGAUGUCAUGGAGUUUCCAGACAAAACUUCCAUUGGCAAGCAGAAUGAGGACCUUGGUGAUGUUAAAGGAAAGUCCCCCGAAAAAGCUUCGCAACAGGACAAAGAAAGUACAUUCCCCUAUGAAGAUUUCUUCCACGAGCAGAUAAUGCGAAAGAAGCGUGAUCACUCGUACAGGGUGUUCAAGAAGGUGGCUAGAUUGGCUUCGGAGUUUCCCUCUGCCCUCGAGUACAGCUACGGAGAGAAACCAAUCACUGUGUGGUGUGCCAACGACUAUCUCGGCAUGUCCUGUCAUCCAACCAUCAAACAAGCUGUCAGGGACGCUGUGGACACUUACGGGGCCGGGGCUGGAGGAACUCGGAACAUUUCUGGCAACUCUAUCCUCAUUGAGAACCUGGAGCAAGAUCUCGCCCAGUGGCACCAGAAACAAGCCGCUCUCUUGUUUACCUCCUGUUUUGUAGCAAAUGAUUCAACAUUGUUUACUUUAGCCAAGGCUCUACCAGGAUGUCAUAUCUUCUCGGAUGAGGGGAACCACGCGUCUAUGAUUCAGGGUAUCCGCAACAGCAGAGUUCCUAAGCACAUUUUCCGCCACAAUGAUCCGACCCACCUUGCUGAGCUGCUCUCUACUGUAGACAAGAAUGUGCCCAAGAUUGUAGCAUUUGAGACGGUCCAUUCCAUGACGGGUGCUAUUUGCCCCUUGGAUGAGCUUUGUCAGGUUGCUCAUGAUUUUGGAGCAUUGACAUUCGUGGACGAGGUCCACGCUGUGGGUCUCUACGGAUACAAAGGGGCCGGAGUCGGAGAAAGGGACGGACUUCUGGAUCAGAUGGAUAUCAUUUCUGGAACUUUAGGGAAGGCGAUAGGAAACGUUGGAGGGUACAUCGCUGGCACUAGCAAACUGGUUGACAUGGUGCGCAGUUACGCUGCUGGGUUCAUCUUUACCACCUCACUACCCCCCACGGUGGUGUCUGGAGCAAGGGCGGCCAUCUCCGUCUUGAGUGGACCCGAGGGUCGUAGUCUGCGGCUGAAACAUCAGGAGAAUGUGGCAUAUAUGAAGACUAAACUGCUGGAGCACGGCUUCCCUGUGGAGCCUUCCCCAUCUCAUAUCAUUCCUAUCAGGAUUGGAGACCCAGCUCAAUGCACAGCUGUGUCUGAUUUGUUGUUGCGCAAGAAGGGACAUUACGUACAAGCCAUCAACUACCCUACUGUCCGGCUGGGAGAGGAGAAGCUACGUCUCGCCCCGACCCCCCGCCACUCCCAACAGAUGAUUGACAGUUUUGUGCACGACCUUCUUGAGAUCUGGUCCUAUCUUAAACUGCCACUCGCUCCGAUCCAGAAGUGCAGCACCUGCGCCAAGCUAACUCCCUACGCAGACACUUGUGGUAAAGACGCAGGAUUCUCCUGCAUCGCACCCAACUGUCCGCAGAUGGUAGCCUCCAACUAGCUUCUCAACCUCGGUGUUAGCGCUGGAUGUCUACUACUCUACUUUUAGUUCAACUACAAUGAUAGUACAGUAUUAUGUUUUUUUUUCCCUCCAGCAUCCAAUAUUACAAAUCAUAGCUCAAUAAGGUCAAUUUGGGGAGCAAGCUAGUAGUGGCACAGUGUGGAACUUCGGUCCCUGAGUUCCUGGGCUCAAAUCCUGUUAAUCACCAAUCUUAUCUAAGUGAUAAUGCCACAACCUCUGGCGUAGCCUGAAGUAAUGGGGAAAAAGAGCCUGGGCUAGAGCCUAGUGCCUGUGUGUGUGAUGGUAGGGAAAAAAUAAGGCCAAAUUGGUCAGCGGAAAUAUCCUGAAAACUUUGUAUUUUAAAUCUAUAAAAACUACAAAUUGUACAUGUACAAAAUGUGAUCUAAAAUAUAUCCUUUUAGUGGGGAUGAACAACAACACCCACUAUUUACAAUAAACCCACAGGCAAUAGGGCGGUCACAGUUUGGACAUUGAUUUGAUUUCAUACAAUAAAACCAAUUGGUUUGUCUUGGACAAUGUAUUCCAAAAAAUCGUCAGAGGCAAAGGGCUCCAAAGUUGAAGCAACCCCUCUCGCCAUUCCAAUUAGAGAGAGGGGUUGUCCGCGUGACGACAUUUCUCCGAACCUGUUGAAAACGGAAUGUCUUGCCUUUGAAAGUUCUUUUGCAAUCCCGUCUUGAAUAGUUAAUAUUCUAUAAGAUUCAACAAUAUCGUUUGAGAAGAUCUGGAGAAAACAAAUAUUGUGUGACAGUUUUUAGACCUUGUAUAUUAAAUAAUUUAAUUAUAGUUAGUUCAGUAAUACUUCUAAUACCGUUGGGAAAUAAUAAAAAAAAUGCAUGAGAUUGUUUUUAAGUAGACAUCCAGUUCUUAGUUACUACUUCUAUAGCUUGGUGGAAAUAAUAUUUGGGUGUUGUUGGCAUUAGUGUAUUAUAACAGCUGAUUCUUCUGAAAUGAAACCCCAAAUCUGGGGAAUUGGUUUUUCCUUUCUGAGGGUUCUACAUUUUAUUCUUAUUAUAUGGUAAAUUCUGAUUAUUUAAAAAUCAAUUUCCAAUCAUUUUAGAUAAACUUUUGUCCAAAUCGGUGUGAAGUUGGGCACCAGUGUCGUGUACCUUUUAUCCUUGGUUAUCCUUUGAUAUAAUCUAAAGUUACCAAGUUUAUCCUGUUUUACCUUUAAUCUAUAUUGUAUUUUAUUAAUUAAACAUGUAUAUUUUGGAUUAUUCUUUAUAUAUUUUUGAUAUUUGUUAAAUAAUACUAUUUUGCUUGGUUUCCAAUAUAUUUUUGUACUUCGAUGGAUCUGUAGGUUAAUUGAUGUAAUAGCCUAUUCAUUGUAUUAGGCUUGAUGUCUUUGAUUUUCAGUCAGAAUAAAUGUCUUUUAAAAUAUGAUUUUAUGAUUUUGUCGAUAAAUUAUCUUUGGGAAAAAUAAAUAUUUAAACAUAGUACACAUAAAUGUCUACAGCUGCCUGUUGACUACUGAUAAUAGCCCAUAAUGUAUGGGUGACUGUAGGAAAAAGAUUUUCUUUACAAUAUUUAUUUUCCAGACAAAGCAAGUUUGUGAUUGUAUCUAAAACAGUCUAUUAAAGUAUUUGUGAUGAAAUGUACUUCUGAACUCUUUUAAGAUUCCCUAAAAAUGUUUUAAAUAUGUCAACUGUGCGUAACACUGCCUAAUUUGAGUUUUGUCUCAGUUCAUAUACCUGAUUCUUGUAAGCAUUAUUAAUAUUUAAAUAUGUGUAAUGCAUUUUGAUUCAUACUCUGAGAUAAUUUUAUGUUCAAUUGAACUUUUAGCAACAGUUUAUCUGUAUAUUUGCCUUACUUUUGGCCUUGUUUUAUAACAAUACACAAUCUCACUUGUACAAUUAUUAGUAAUCAAAACAUUUAAAACUGUUAUUUAAAAAUUAAACCUAUAUGUAAUGAUGUUGAAUGUUACUCUAUAUAAUGGUUUUGAGAUCAGAAAACUGUUAUCAAAUGUCAAAAUAUAUCAUUCUAGUUGCUGUGA